UUGUGACCUUGACAUUGACAAUCAAAAUUGUUUAACUUUGUGCUUAUAAACUUUGAACAUUAAGUGGGAGUCCAUUGAUAUUUAUAAGUGAAUGAAUAGCUGUAAUUCUUGUUUCAAGACAUUUCCUCUUUCUCAAACAUGUCCUGUUUAUGUUGUAUUAAUUAAAAAAAAUUAUUAAUGUGGAAUUUGUUGCACACUUUUAUACAAGAAGGUACUUUUAUUUCUUGCUUUUGAUAAAUGGUAACUGAGCUCAUCUAAGACCUCAGUUUCAGGUUCUAAGUUGAGAAGAAUUAUCAUUGUUUAGUUCUUGGAGGUCAUCCUGAAUUAAUGUUUGUUCAUAUUAAACUGUAUCUGACAUUCCUCACAUACCCAGAUAAAAAAAGAAAAUGAUUGAUGGGAUAGUUUAAUUACUUCAACAUGUAAAUUACAGACGUAUAGCAUACAUUAUAUACACACAGCAGGCUGCCAAAAAUUGAUAGACAAAACUGUGGAUGACAAUAUAUAAACACUAUGUCUUUUGAUGAUAAAUGUUUUGGAUAAUAAAUCUUGCCUCGAUACAUGGUUACAUAACUGUCUGUCCUCAUUUUAUAUCAACAUUUCCUUAUGCCUUGCAUAUAUUCUGUCUAAGUUGUGAUAUUUUCAAACCUGGCAGUGUUUCCGUGCCGUUGCUCUAUAUAUACCCUUGUACAGUACAAUUGCUAUAUAACAGCUAGCUAGGCCACAAAUGCUAGUCAAGGAUAUUAACACUAUUUAUUGGCAUUCAGUUUAAGUGCUGACAUCAUUCCGACUGCAGGCAGAUUGAGAAUAUACAUUAAAACACUUUCAGUAUGAACAAUUUAAGAUAUUGCAAAUUUCUCAGUCAUAACACAAACUAUUUAUGCAUCUGCCACAAUGUUGUCAUUUCUUCACUAAAAAAAUCAGUUAGAAUAUCUUCAAAUAAUUUGCAGCAAAAUUUACAAAUAUAAUGGACUUAAUUGUUUUCUUGCCCCUUGUGAGUUUUCUUGCUUUUUUGAGAUAUGCAUUAAAGCAAUGCAUUUGGACUAGCUUGUAUAUAUAAUGUAUCUAAAAAAAAAAAAAAAAAAAAAAAAAAAGAAAAGAAAAAGAAGAAAUUUUUCAAAAAUCAUUUUUUAUUUGAUUCUCUACUGCAUUAUUCCAUUGUUCCUUCUUUUGUUUUUGUCACUGGAUAUAUUAACUUGCAAGUACUGCACAAGUAGUAUCUAAUUCUAAAUCAGAAUCAUAAAGAAACUUCAACUAAUACUUGUUCCAGUGACAACCAAGCCACAAUAUGCAGGUAUGAGGAGUGAAUAAGUUACAUCCAAAUUGGGCUGCUAGGCAAAGUGAAGUCCUAGAAAGUCACAUUAUAUGCUCAAGUUCCAAUUGCCUGCAUUACCAAAACUACCAGUGCUUAUUUUGAAAUGAAUAUUGCAUUAAUUCAUGAUAUUGUAUGAGAUAUUGAUGUUGGGUAUGUUUUUUAUUUAUUUGAGUAAGGAUCAUAUAUUACAGUAAAACACGGUUACAACAAACAGGCUUAUAAUGAAUCCAUGCUCACAGUGAAGUGAUCUGCAGUUUUAAAACAUAUCAUGAAUUUAUUUCAUAUAACAAAUUACGUUUACAAUGAAUGAAAAUUGUUUGUUCCUAGCACUUCACUAUAAGCAUGUUUUAUUGUACUGAGUCAAACCGAUUUUUAAUGUACAGUACGUAAUACAAACAUUAUACAUUGAAUUUUGGAUAUUACAAAGGAAAGGAAUUUGUUAUAACCAAGUUUUACUGUAUUCACAUACUGUUUUAUUAAGUAUGAAAUACAUAUUGAUUCAUUUAAAGACAAUAUUUUCCAUUUCAAAAUUUUUUAAUUAGUUAGAUAUGAAUUUGAUACUUUUCACAUCGGCAUACUUCAUGGAAAAUAAACCAAUGAAAAAGUCUUAACUUCAUCAUUUUUACAUCUUCGGAUACCCACGGCUGAUCUCGAUCAUCGUCUUGAAGACGAGAUCAGCCGUGGGUAUCCGACGAUGUCAUUUUUAAUGACAUACUUUCUUAUAUAUUCAAUAGGAAUUCAGUGACACCAAUAUUUCAGUCAAAUGCAAGUUUAGUUUUAAAAAGGUGUUUACAUUUGUCAUCUCAUUGUGAUGUCAUAUGUCCUGGAUCAGACUUGUUUAAUAUUCCUCCUCACGGGUGUGAUUUCAUGCAAAUUAACAUUUUCAAAUUUACAUAGAAAAACAGCAGUAAGAAGAAUAUGUAUAUACUUUAUAUUCUACCAUGGUUAUUACAAAGAUCAAAGGAAUUCCACAGUCAUUAUUCUACAAUAUACCUUCAUACAUAUUAACUGAUUAUGAGAAAAUUGAUGCACAUAUCUCACUUGCUAAAGCAACAAUAAAAUCGAUGACAGAUAAUUCUAUUUUAUAAUCAUAAAAAUCAAUCAAUAUAUGUUGUAAACAUUUGUCAUUCAUUAUAAACCAAUCGUCUGCAUUCCAAGAGGAAUAUAGCGAUGCACAUGCAGAUAAGUUUUUUGGAAACUGUAUUCUAAGCAAUUGAUAUAAAUCCGUUAACAUCAAACUAAAUACUUGAAAUAUUUUUUAGUAUACCCCUAUAUCUCACCUUUUUCGUCAACUGAAAACAAUGUAGACUGUUUCGGAAACUGCUAUGACAUCACAAUGACCUAAUUCGUAGCUACUGUAUAUAGGAAAACGAUCGGCUGUAUAUUUCUGAGCCGCAGUAGAAUAGAAAUAAAGUUCUUGUUUUCAUGUAUGUUGCAGGAUAUCCUCCUUGGUCUCAAAAUGUUGUUUGAAAUAUAAAAGCCCUGGCUUUUAUAUUUCAAAUCAACAUUUUUCGACCUCUGAGAUUAUUCUGUAACAUACACAAAAAUGUGUUCAUUACUUCCUGAGUAUACACCAGGUUUAUAAGUACAACUAGCAAUGCUGGGAUGUUGGUUUUGUUGCAUUAAUUGUCAUUUCCAUUGCACAAAUUUAAAGCAGAUUGAUAUAAAUGAUAGGAGUUACUUUCGUUUAAUGGUAAACCUAGGCAAAAUUAGAAUAAGAAAUUUUCAGUAUACUAUGGCAAAAUUUCUAGCAUGAUACACUGACUUAUGUUAAGCAUUAUUUGCAGCUGUCAACAUUUUAAAGAUCCUAAACGUCUAGUUUUUGAAAUGUCAAUUGAAUAGAAUAGCUAGGUAUUGCAUAGUACUAGCUUACCUAAGUGGCCUUGCAGCUUAUGCCAGCCUCUCACUAUUGAAAGAUGUAUACUACUUGACCAACUUCUUUAGUACACUUGUUAGCUGAUGUAAACUUCUAGUCAGGGGUGCUUUUUUGCGUGUAUUAGAUGUCAAACAACAAUUCCUGGGCAAUAUGACAGAUACUCAAAGAACAUGUGUCAGUAGGACCCUGUUAAUUCCUCAAGAAAUCUUAGACACUGUAGUUUCCUAGCAGUGACUAUACUUCAGUUAGCAAAAUAUAAGAGUUUUUAAAAUAUGCACACACUUUUAUAUGUUAUUCUUAAAAGAGAAAAUGGUAAUGAUCAUUUGAAUAAAGAAAAUCUUGAGGAAACAUUCAAAGAUAAAGGUCAGAGUCUUUAAUCUGGUGUGAAACAGUGAAAAAAAGUAUUUUGCAAUCACUUUGACUCUCUCAAGUUGAAAUUUUAAGACAUUAUGUGUUGAUUAAUUGUUCCGCUUAAAAGAAUAAAGAGAUGAGUGCUGUUUUAUGGUCGACAGUAUCAGUAGUUUUUAAGAUUUUAAACAAAAGGAUAUUCUAUACCUAUUUGAAUUUUCAUAUAAAUGACUGGAUUAUAAUCUAUCAAAGUUUAAUAUGAAGUCGUUCACUCCAAUUCAGAGACAAGGUCUUAUAUUAUGAAAGGUAUAUUUAAAGGUUAAAUUGGACUUGUUAAAUUUGAUAUUAUAGAUUCAUCAUGCUCGAUUGGCUUCAGUGUACAAUGCCUUUGCCCAGAAGAUCUAUUUGAUCUCUUGGUAGUCCCCUUACAUCUGAUAAGAUUAUCUAAUUGCUGAAGUCUGUUGUAGCCUAGAGCUUAAUACACAGCUAAUACACUGUUGGUGGGAGCAUCUACUUGUGCUGAUGGAAAUUAUCAAAGUAUUCAGCAGAGCUGGGGAAUUGUUUUAUUUUAUUUCUCACACAGUGGUGAUGUAUGUCAGAGGAUGAAGUAAACACUCUGGGUUGAGAGAGAUUUUUUUGGUAUUGAAAGCUUUUUACCAUCGACACAUGUAUAUAUAGGUAGCACGCUUGCUCAGUGGUGAUCUUAAUUGUUUCUGUGUAAUUUGCGUAGACCUUAGCAGUCUCAGAGGAAGAGGUCUGUGAGGAACUUUACACUGCAGGAUCACCAGAGGGAGGGAUAAAUUGUGUUUUCUUACCUAAAGUUCACCAUGGUGUAUGAAUUGAGAACUAAUUACGGAGACAGAGGGUAUGUUGUGGAAUACCUUGCCAGCAAUACAUCGGAGUAUUGCAAAAGUUGGAUCCUAGUCCCAGCAGAAAAUUUAUGGCCGGAAUGGCUCAGGGGAUUGUUAUACACAAUCUGCAUGAUUUAUUUUUUCCUUGGAGUAGCCAUUUCCUCGGACAUAUUCAUGAACAGCAUUGAGGUUCUUACUAGCAAAAAACGAAUUGUAAAACAAUGGGAUUCAGAAAAGGGAGAAAUGAGAGAGGUGGAGGUAUUCAUUUGGAAUGAGACUGUUGCUAACCUGACUUUGAUGGCAUUAGGGAGCAGUGCUCCAGAAAUUCUUCUUGCCACUUUUGAGUCAAUUGGUUCCCUUGGUAUAGACAAUUCGGAUAAGGACUCUCUAGGAACAUUUACCAUUAUUGGAAGUGCAGCAUUCAAUCUUUUGAUAAUCACAUCAGUUUGUGUGGUUAGUGUUGGUAACGGAGAGACUAAAUCUAUCAAAGAGUUUGGAGUCUUCUUACUGACUGCCAUAUGGUCACUUUGGGCCUAUAUUUGGUUGCUGCUAGCCGUUCAGUACAUUUCCCCGGGGGUGAUUGAUCCCUGGGAGGCCUGGGUAACCCUCCUCUAUAUGCCUCUCUUUGUCUUCCUGGCCUAUGCCACAGACAAUGGGUGGUGGAAGGAUAAAUGUUGUAAGAAAAACAAUGAAGUAGAUGCUCAGGAACCUAAACAAAUGGACCACAUCAGGAUCAUGACCAACCAGCAGAGAAGAGGAUCAUUUGCUGGACAUGUCACCGCAGGAAAAGAACUCCACAUGCUGGAGGUGGAACGGCAACAGAAACUAAGUGUGCUCAGCCUGAAUUCUCUUGAUAAAAAAUCAAGAUCAGAUGAUCAUCAUCCUUAUGGCAAUGACCGUCGACUUUCUUUAUCUCCUGGUUUGAAAUCCACCAAAGACAUCAGUGUAUUGCUAGACAGUGACAGCCACGAUAAGGAGCAUGAUCAAACUAAUGCUGAAGAUCGACUAGUCAAGUUAGAGAAGGGCACCAAGGAGCCCCAGCAGUCAUUUGCCAGGGCAAGAAAUCAUAAAAAUAUCAACACCAGUGUAUUGAACAAAGCUCGGUUUCGCCAUGCCGUGGUCAGUGCUAUGACUGGAACGAAGAAGAGAGUUGGUAGUGGCCACAAGUCUGCUAGGUUUGCUGAAUUAGUUAAACAGGUUCAGACCAUCAACCAGGCAAACAAGGACGGCAAAAUGCCUGCAGGUGACUUGUAUGGAAAGUUUACAUUUGCAUCAGACAGAUAUGCUGUUCUUGAGAGUGCAGGGAAGCUUACUAUUGAUGUUCUUUUUCACAGAAAUAUGCCAAAAGCUGGGAUGAAAGCACAGAUUAUGAAUGGAGACACAGUUGCUUUCAAGAAUGGCUCCACCCAGCCUACACCGAUUCCCCCCACUGCCAACCCGGCCAACAAACAAAAUGUAGAACAGGUGUUUGAGGGGACAGUCAAUGUAGAGUUUGAGACCAGGGAGGGAUCAGGGAAAGCUGGCAAAGAUUUCAAAUACCAGACCGGUGUCCUGACCUUCAAGGACACCGAGUAUCGACAGUGCAUCACAAUUGACAUCGUCAAUGACAAUCAGUUUGAGAAUGAUUGUGACUUUUACGUGAUUCUCAAAAAUGCAACAAAAGGUACAUCUCUCGGGGAUCCCAGCGUUACCAGGGUUACCGUUGUUGAUGAUGAUGAACCUGGAGAAUUUCAGUUUGAGACUCCACAUACCUAUGCUGAUCUGUCAUCAGGGAAAGUCAGAGUGAAUGUGGAGAGAGAUUACGGAUUGGAUGGCAAGGUCACAAUGGAAUAUUCCACCAUCGAUGGUACAGCAGUAGGUGGGACAAGUCUUUCUAAAGAUGUGGACUACAUCCAGGUGUCCGGAACGCUGGAAUUUAAACAUCAAGAAACCAGCAAAACAAUAGAAAUCAAAAUCAACAAGGAUUCCAAGUACCUGCAGAGUAUGGGAUCUAAAAACUUUGUUGUUGCACUGAAAAAUCCAAGUUUGGGUGCAAAAAUAGGCCACAGAAGUGCUGUAGUCUGUCAUAUAAACAAAGAAUCACUAGAGGAUCGAAUCGCCGAGGUUAUCAAAGAGGAGGAGGAAGACGAACCGAUCACAUGGGGAGGGCAGUUCAGGAAUGCUAUGUCUAUAGAGGGCGGUCAGGAUGAUGACGGAAAUGAUGUCCCACCAUCGUUCAUGGAUUAUUUUCUUCACUUCCUUACCUUCUUUUGGAAACUUGUUGGAGCAAUGGUGCCACCAACGACGAUGUUAGGUGCUUGGCCAGCAUUUGUAUUUUCCCUAGUGUACAUUGCAUUACUUACAUUAGUUAUUGAACAGCUUGGACAUUUGCUUGGUUGUGUAGUGGGUCUGAAAACCAGUGUAACUGGUAUAACUAUUAUUGCUUUGGGAACCAGUUUACCAGAUACAUUUGCCAGUCGGACAGCAGCCAUACAGGAUGAGCAUGCUGAUGCUGCAAUUGGAAAUGUAACAGGCAGUAAUAGUGUGAACGUAUUCCUUGGCUUAGGACUGCCUUGGGUGUUGAGUACUAUGUAUGCUUAUGCCAAUGGGACCGAGUAUAAAGUACCUACAGGAAACUUAACUCAGAGUGUUAUCAUCUUCUCCUCCUUAGGAGCUUUGUGCAUUAUCAUACUGAUACUCAGGAGGAAGUUUGUUGGCGGAGAGCUUGGAGGCAAAAAUCCCUUCAUCAAAUGGGGUAGCAGCCUUACUCUGUUUUUCAUGUGGACUAUCUACAUCGUUCUGGCAAGUCUGAAGGCCUAUGAAAUCUUGGACUGGAGUGUUUAAAAAGAAGAUGAGAACAAUGAGAGUGUGAAUGUGCCAAAACUGAGCUUAACCUGACUGAGGCAGUGUGUGAAACUACAGAGUAGGACUUAUAGAUGUAUUUGUGAUAGAUUUGGUGGGAUUCUUCACCGGAAAUUUUUGGGGAAAAGCUUCAGCUAAUUUAUUGAAAUCAUGUAUUCCACAUGGAGGAAUUUUCAAUAUUGAUAUUUUCGAUCAUUUUAAUUCCCACAAAAGAGACUUGUGAAUUAAAGUCGAAAUAAUGAAUGAGGUUUUUUUUAAUGGUAUUUGUUUUGACAACUGUAAGUAUUACAUCAAAAGUCAUCGCAUCUUCACAGAGUACAUUGUAUUGUUUAGGUACUUUUACUCCUAACCUCUAGUUUUAAGCACAUACAAACCCCCCAAAACUGUGAUAAAUUGUUGUUUUUAUUUUUGUAAACAUGACAUAUAUACAUUCCUAUAUGAACAUGUAAAUACACACCUUGAUAAGUGCUACUAGAGGAUGCUGUUACAAUAUUCGUCUGUAAUUUGUUUCUUUUUAUGUUGUUAUUUUUUCAUUGUAGAUUGCUCCAUACUAGUGCUUAAUGUUAAAGAGUGAUGAAUACAAACCAUAUUUUAUUCAAAUGUCUCUUCAUGGUCUUUCAUUUUGAUGCAUGGUAUAUAACAAAUGCAAAUGAUAUUAUGAUUUUGUAUGUUAUGUUGUUCGGAUUUUUUGUUGUUUUUUUUUUUAUUUAUUUAUUUAUUUUUAUUUUUUUUUGGCUGUUUGUAAUUAAUUUCCUUUGUGAUGCAUUUAGUAUUUACCAUGGUUUUUUUUAAAAAGAGGUCACUUCCCAUAUUUGCAUUAUUUUACACAAAACAUUCAGUAAUGAAAAAGUGUUUUGUUAUCGAGAAAUAUUUCAUAAAAUGAGGAUUAAAUCAGCAGUGCAGUUUUGAAUUUCAUUUUAGAUGGAAAUGCAUUUAUGUAAAAUCUAAUCACAAUUCAUUAUUUAUUGGGAUUGAAUGUUGUCACCUAAGCAAGAAUGUCAGUAAUAAUUGUGCCUCUAAGAUUGCACAUUAACCACCGACUAAGUUGUGAGACUUUUCUCCUCUUGUGUACUUAAUAUAGUGAUUUUCCCUUCAAAGUAAUUCUUAUAUUAAAGUGUUUUAUAAUGUUCAUUUUUUUAACCGCUGAUCAAAAUUCCACAGACGGUAUGUGAUUAUUGACAGUAUUAUUUAUUCUUUACAUCAAAAUAACUUUCACUCUUGUGUGAUAUUAACAAGUCUGUGACAAACAUUUGUAGAUGUUUUGUGAUUUCAUUGCUUGAUCUGAUCUAACAGUUUUAAAAAAGAUUUUGAAAUAGUUAUUGUCGACAAGAAUUGUUCAAGUGAGUUUCAAAAUUUGAUAAUAAAGUUUGACUUUAUUGGUA